AUGGCUUCUGACAGCCUGGGGUCUUCUUAUAUAUCCACCCGACUAACCGAGAAAGAAGCUCCGGAUAUCCCGAUCAUCGAGGACGAUGAGCCACUCGUUGAUGUGGUUCGAAAGCUAUCCAAUUACUUGAGCCAUGCGAUCCCGGAUGUCUCUUAUACAUUUGAGCAAUUGAGAUCAUCCCCUCAUGGUCAUGAUAUCCGGUUGCUUAUAUAUUCCCUUGCCGACAACUCGCGCAAUCCAUUAAUCAUCGCUGCCUUGAUGAUCCUGAAAUGGCAAUUCGAAAACACGGCUGAUACAGACUGGGGUGUGAACGAGAGCCGUGGAUUUGCCUGCGAAUAUAUAGCCUGGCAAUUUCUUUGUCAUCUGACCAAGGAUGAAGAAAUCGAGUUUCUAUUGUGGGAGCUUCCCAGUCCCCAGCGCAGCUCCACUUCUUUUUCCCUGGAAGAGAGAGACAGAACAUUUAGGACUGAAGAACAAGGUAACUCGCAUGACAUAGAAAGAGCACCGCUGCGGAGGUCUUCGUAUAUCUCCCGCUUUCUUGGAAGAAAAAACGAGGAUGUUCCAUCAGGGCGAGAGGCCGGAUAUGUUGAGGAUCCUUGUUACGAGAGGCUUUCCCUGUUCUUUGGCUUGAAUGCCCUUGAGAUUGCGACUAUAGCUCAAGCGAAAAAAUUUCUUAGUCAGAAGGUUGUCCAAAGAAUCAUCGAUAAUAUCUGGAAGGGCGAGAUUGUAUUCUGGGACUUGCUGAGUGUGCACUCGAGAAAGAGACCACACUUCUUCAACGAGAAAACGGCAGACCCAUACUCACGACUAAGAGUUCCCGUGUACCGUAAAGCUUUCGAAGCAGGAUUCUUCGUCUCGUUUCUGUGUCUCUACUAUGCCGUCCUGGUCGAGAGAAAGCCAACAGGGAUAGGCGUCUUCGAGGCUCUGAUGUACAUCUGGAUUACGGCAUUCGCAUACGAUGAAUUGAGCGGAAUGACCGACGCAGGAGUGGCGUUCUACCAGAUGGACUUUUGGAAGAUCUGGAAUUUGGGCAUCAUCGGCACGGGGCUUGCCUUUGUUAUUGCAAGAAUUGUGGGACUGGCAAAGGAGAGCGAUUCUAUCACGGACAUUUCUUUUGAUAUCCUAUCCUUGGAAGCAUUGUUUCUUGUCCCGAGAAUCUGCUCGCUCGUUAGCCUGAAUUCUUAUUUUGGAAGUCUGAUACCGGUGUUGAAGGAAAUGACCAAAGCGUUCUUCCGUUUUAUCCCCGUAGUAAUCGUGCUGUACCUAGGGUUCCUGACAACGUUCACGAUGCUGGCGCGAGACCGACUGACUCUCCAACAAAUGUCAUGGAUCCUGGUCAAGGUGUUCUUUGGAUCAAACGUCUUGGGAUUUGAUAUUGCUCAUGAUAUUUCCCCGAUCUUCGGCUACGGUUUGAUGCUGAUUUUCGUCUCUAUGACCAAUUUGCUGUUAAUUUCCUCUUUGGUCAGUUUGAUGAGUAUGAGUUUGGAGGGUGUGAUGUCGCAUGCCCGCGAGGAAUAUCUUUUCCAAUUAUCCAUUUACGUGUUGGAAAGCAGCAAUUCUCGACGAUUGACCUACUUCAUGCCGCCAAUGAACUUGAUCCCCCUCUUGUGCAUCCGACCUCUGCGGCUCUUCCUCUCUGCAGAGUCUAUCCGACGCGUUCGCAUUCUCCUACUCCGUGCAACACAUUUGCCCUUCGUCGCUCUAAUACGGGCCUACGAAGCCAUCCGACGGCACCGUCCCCUCACCACCGAUACGACAACUACCACUAGACGAAGGAGCACAAAUACCAGGAGAUGCUGCUACGACCACGACCCGCUUAUAGACAGGGACGAGGGCCCGACGGUGUUAGGGCCUGAUCCUGGUAGGGCAUCCAGGACUAAGACUAAGACGGGAGGACAACCCGAAGCGCGUGGACCAGCGCCGGAACAGACCGGUCGAGAUGUGGUUGAACUGGCGGAUGUGAUCGACGAGGUGGAUCGGUUGCGCAUCCAGGUGGAUCGGGUGGUUGCGCUGAUGGCUGUCCGGAGGAGGCAUUAG